ACUUAGGUACUAGUGUGAACAACAACAAAAUUGAGUUACAGUUUAGUUAUCUCUUCAUUGGAAUUGAGUUGUAUCUUGCGUAGUUGAUUCUAUUCUUUUGAUGUUUUUAAUUUGAAAAAGAAUUUACUUUGGCAUAGAUCAUUUGACUAGACUGAAGAGCUGUUUCAUAUUGCGUAACCAAAUUAAUGUGUUUUGGGCAAUGGACAAGCAGAUUGAGGUGACUAAGCAAGGACUUUACUGAGCAAAGGGUCAGCAAGGUUCACCAUUUCAACAGAUGUUUACCAAUGAUAGGAGGCAAGAAGAGAGAACUGGGAGAUAUGGUACUUCAAGGCUGCAGUACCUUCAGGAAGUAGUGACUCAAUUUCAGAGUACAACCAGUGAAGAAUCAAAAGAGAAGAUUGUUGCUAAUCUUGCAAACUUCGCUUAUGAUCCUUACAAUUAUACCUAUUUGCGCCAGCUCAACGUGGUAGAACUUUUUCUGGACUGCAUUACAGAACCAAAUGAGAAGCUUGUGGAAUUUGGAGCAGGCGGAAUCUGCAAUUGUUGUCCUGAUCCGGCCAAUGGAGCAAUUGUCACUCAGUGUGGUGGGAUACCCCUUGUUAUUUAAUGUCUAUCAAGCCCUGUUAAAAACACCGUGAACUAUGCAAUUGGAUCACUUUAUUAUCUCUGCAACAAAUCCAGUAAGAAAGAGAUUGUGAAGCCAGAAGUGGUUGACAUCAUGAAGAGAUAUGCUGCUGCUGAAGCAGCAAGUGUCAGCUUCAGUAAUCUAGCCAAGGCAUUUUUGGACAAACAUGUUUCGCAAAAUGAACUCUGAGACAGACUAGGUCAGUUGCUAAUGAACUGUAUAUUGAGACUCAUCUUUUUGUUAUUAAUCUAU